AUGGUACUUCAGAAUUCCUUCAGUAUACCUGAAAAUGAAAUUCCACUCAGUCGUCCCAAAAAAAGGAAACCCAAAGGAAAGACUCCAUUAGAUGGUAUUGUCCAAGCAGCAGUUCGCCGGCAGUCUGAAAGCAGUGAGCCCCUAACUCCUGAACCUCCUGAUGUCCCUCCUCAGAGGAAACGCAAGAAGAAGAAAGUUCCUGUUGAUUCUGAGACAUCUUUUACCCAGCAAAAUGUGGCAUCCCUAUUUCAGAAUGGAAAUGGCAUGGAUGACCCUGAAGCUGAAGAAACAGUGAUACGCAAACAGAGGAAAAAAACAAAGAAAUCUCGGCCAUCUGAAAUGCACUGUUCCAAUGAGCUGGAAGUGGAGGAGGAAGACAUCAUUGAAGAUGAGCACAGAAGGAGCCCAGAUCAGCAGCCMGUGUUUGCUGCUCCCACUGGGAUUAGUCAGCCUGUUAGCAAAGUGUUUGUUGAAAAAAAUCGGCGUUUUCAGGCUGCUGACCGUGCAGAAAUUAUUAAAACCACUGAAAAUAUCAAUGURCUUCUGGAUGUGAAGGCUUCAUGGACUACUCGAGAUGUUGCCCUCUCAGUGCACCGAAGUUUCAGGGUGCUGGGACUCUUUACCCAUGGCUUCCUUGCUGGAUAUGCUGUAUGGAACAUUGUGGUUAUCUACAUUUUGGCAGGAAGUCAGCUUUCCACGGUUUCUAACCUGCUUGAACAGUAUAAGACAAUAGCMUACCCAGCUCAAAGUUUAUUCUAUUUUUUGCUCUCUAUCAGUACAAUCUCAGCCUUUGACAGGAUUGAUUUGGCAAAAGCAUCAGUUGCACUGAGGGGCUUUCUUACCCUAGAUCCAGCAGCACUAGCUUCUUUCUUGUACUUUGCUGCUCUUAUCUUAUCCUUAAGCCAGCAGAUGACAUGUGACAGAAUCAACCUCUACACACCACCUUUGGAAAAUGGCAGCAUCUGGACCGCAGGUACAGAGGAAGAAAUUGUUUAUUCAUGGGUUGUGGUGAAUCUGGUGGUGUCAGUUCUAGUUGGGACAAGUUGGAUCUUCUUGUCGUCCCGACCAGAGCUAGACCACAGUGAAGAAUUGAUGUUUCAUUCUGAAAUCCAGGAAUUUCCUCAGGGAGAUGUUCUACCCAGAGUCCAGCCAUAAGUGUGGGRCAAGAAUCUGUAAAUAUUGUAGCUGUGACUGAUGGCUCAACAUGUUGUAUGUUAUAGCUAUGUAUUAUAUUUUCAUAAAGAAAAAAUGUAUUUUUAUAUUGUAUAUAUUUAAUGUUSAUCUUUUUAUGUAUGUUACAGUUUCCAAGUGUGAUUGAAAACUUUUAUAAUUUUGCUUUUUCUUUUACAAAGCAGAUUAUCCCUAGUGCAUAAAGUCAAGGUGAUUUUGUAAAUAUUGCUACCUACAUAGCCAAAGACACURUUGGCUUAGGGAUGCAGAAGAUCAGGUAUUCAGUGCUUCUUUGACUGCUAUACAGUCUGUAACAACCUGCUUUGGUUAUGAAUGCUAACAGCAGUUAGCUUAUCUGAUUUCGUUAAAUAUUUUCUAGAGAUUAAAAACAAUCUUAUGACAAAAGUAGUCUAAGGAAAAUUUACAACAAAACAGAGUUAGGAAAUAUAAACCCAUCAAAUUAGUAAGGAUAAAAUAAUUUACAUUUAUCUGUCAUAAAAAAUAUGCUAGAAUAAAGGAUUGAAUUGACAGGGAUUUUGUUUAAUAAUACAUAAAAGAGGACACCUUUUUUAUCUUCAUUUAGUUCUCUUGACAAAGAUCUUGAUGGCAGUAAGUUCUUGCAAGUUGAUGUAGAUGCAAGACAAAAAGGUUUUAAUGUUGUAGCAGUUUGGUCAGUUAAACAUCUAAUCAAACAGGGUGUUUUUGUSUUGCCAACAGGAUGUAUCCAUGUCCUGUAAUUGCUCAAUAGUCAGGAUGCAUAACUAUUACAAAGCCACUCACAAGAAUAGUGUUCCAGUUUCUCCUUAUCUGGUAUGGCAGGAGCAAUUGUUUCAUUCACCUCUCUUUCUAAACAAACUUGGAUUUCAUAGAUGUUAAAAAUGUUCCUACUUCUACCUAUUUUGAUGGAGAUUGUUUACCCCAAAUGGUUAUUUCCUGUUAGGAUAGAACGGGAAACUUCUUCCUAGCAUUACAAGAAAACGCAUGUUAAAGCAACCCAAAAACUCAGCARCAAUCCACCUUCUAUGCAGUGAUGUAGUAGUAAUUGUGGCAAGUUUUGCUGAUGAUAGCCAACAUUCCUUUUCCUUUGUAUUAAAGUGGCAAAAAAAAGCAUUGCAGAUGUGAAUCAAUACAGAUUAUUGCAGGAAAAACAAUCUUCAUAGCGGACACAGACAAGGACUAGUUCGAAAAACAUUUACCAAGAAAGUAUCACCUAAAGCCCAAAACUAUUUGUAUAUUUUACUUGACAUACAUUGAUUUUUGCCUUGUUUGAUUUAAUAUGUGUGUGUAUGGGUGRUUGUAAAAGGGGUGCAGUUGUCAAAGUUCACUGGUGAAUUACCAAACUUUUUAGUAGUGAAAUUAAGAGUAGCCAGAUAAGACUUGAAAGGAAAUGUCAAAGAGCUUUCAAUGCUUUCUGUGUUAACUUUCUGUGCUGUUACCUGAGUUGCUUCAAARCAAACAUGGGAACAUGAAUAAUUAGGGCUGUUGCUGCCCUGUUGUGAACUUGUGUUCUCUUGUGUCCAUUCAGGAAAUUUGAGUUACUCAAAAAUUCAGUGUUCAUGACAUCUUUUAAAUGCUGUAGUAGUCUUGGCAGGGAGGGAAAAGAGAUCUACAAGAAUUAAAAGAUGUUCCACAGAUGUUGGCUGCAUUCUGAGGCAUUCAGUUUGUUGUGGGAAUGAGCCAUUAACCUCUUUUGUAAAUUAUUGUGGCUCUUGUGUCUGUAUUUUUGUAAAACUAGAGCUAAAUUAUGGCUGGCACUGCACUGUACAUUAAAAUUGAGAGAUUCAGGGUGCUGGUCUCCUUCAGUUGUGCCCUGGAUGUUCUUGCCAUGAUUUGGCUGUAGGAGAUGGAGGGAUGAGACAGGGUGUUCCCCUGUGGUUUGCCACCACACUUUCUCCUGAUGUUUACUUGCAGAAUCACUGACCUUCUGAAGCUGAGAUUAUUAAYAGCAUGGCUGUGUGACAAUUUUUUCAUUGGUAUGGUCAGAAGUAUAAUUCUGCCCAUAAAAUAUGGAGCUCAGCAAAAGCAUCAUAUCAAUACAGGAAAAUUUUAAAUAAUUUCAUUCCUUGAUUUCUGACAUUAAUACUAGGAAUUGGCCUUCCAAGCAUCCCUUGGACAAAGUGAUGCCAGCCAAGAGCCAGAUUCAUUCUUAUUGUGAAAUAUAGUAGGUUUUAGAUGGUUGAGCAGGGUUGAAUUAAUGAAUUUAAUGUGAUCAAUAUUUCAAGCCAGUUUCUUGGAAAGUUUUUAGAACAAGUUUACAAAUUGAUGUUUAAUUAUAGAACAUGCAAUAUUUGUAGAAGCCUUAACUGAAAUGCCUUUGUGCAUUUCCAUAUCAUUGUUUUUAAUGCAUUUGUGUUAAUGGAAAAAAUUACAGAUAUGUUGGUGCCAAGUUCUUGUUUUUACAUAUAUGAAACAAUUAAACAAUUGCUGUAAACUA